AUGCUCGACCAGCCGCAAGUGCUGGUGUCAGAUGUCGCGUCAGGUGGCCUGGUGACGGUAAAGGUAGAAGAGGUAUCAAGAGUACCCCUGGGAGGCAAACCGUCGUACAUCACGUCAGGAGGGUUGGUCAAGUUCACCGACCUCUCAGUCCGUCAAAGUCAAAAUUGCACCUUGCGCUUCUUUGUAGACGGGACGCCAGCAGAAGCGCUGUCGUCAAGCUUCUUUGUUGAUGUGAUUGCAAUUGUUUGGAUGCUUAAACCGGUUGCUAGCAUCUAUCAGCAAUUCCUCGUGACCUCCUGGACCGCUGGUCAAUAUUUGAACCCAGCGCCAAAGGCAUUUCUCAGAAACAGUGACAACAACACACUGGUCAACGCUAGGGUUCCAGUGUUUGCCACGUUGUUGGAUGAACAACAACGUGUUCAGAAAUUUCAAGUCGAGAAAUCACCACGGUUUUCAGUUGAGUCAAACUCGUCUUGCUGCGCUUGCAGUACAACCACAUGUACGGCAUGUACGAUGCCAUCGGGCGGGUACGCGGAAUUUCUGAAUGCAACAGUUACCAAGGCUGGACGAUACUCGCUCAGUGUCAAGGUCCUCGAGUACGACGUGUCGGGAUCCGCUACCAACCUGAUGCUCCUUGAACCCCUCGUGACAAGUUACAUCGAUGGGCUGCAGUCAAGAGCUCUCUCCCCAGCUCCUGUCAUCCAGUUCAGUGACCAGUAUGGCAACCCAACGGUCCUGUCCGACACAAGUCUGCCGGCAGUGACGGUGUCUGCGGUGUUGUGCGUUGACGGGUCAGACGCAGCAGCUCGAGCAAGUUCAGCCUGCCUCUGCAACAACACGGCUUGCCUCUCGUCUCAGUUCCAGAGCUCUCAGCCCUUCGGUGAAGCUUGUCGUCUGAUGUUGUUGUGUGUAAUGAGAUGGGAAGGGCUCGAGGGCAAGACAACCUCGGUCUUCGCCGGCAACACGGCAAAGUUCACAGACCUGCGAGUGACAGUGGCAAGGCAAGACUUGUUCCUCGCGUUUAAGCAGACUGUUCUCACAUUGAGUUCGGACUUCAUUCUCUCCACGAAGUUCAUUGUCAGUCCAGGGUCCUUGUCCAGUCUGGAGUUGGUACGAGAUCCAGGUCUCAUCAGCAACUGCCUCCGAUGUCCUGUGGCGGUCAACGUUGCCGACCAGCCGCUUGUUGCGACUGUUCGUCUUCUCGAUCGCUUCCUCAACCUCAUUUCCUUCUGCUCCUCCAUCGCCUGCUUCGGCCUCUCCUCCUCCCCCAUCGACGUCUCCCUCCUCCAGGCGCAGGCCAGCACCCCGCAGAGUCUCAGCAGGGGAACCACCAGCCAGGCAACAGCUGGACUUAUAGACUUCACGGACUUGUUCGUGACAGGAGCAGGAGGAGGGUAUCAGCUUCGCUUCUCCGUUCCAGGGAAGAACAUCUCUGUCCUCUCCUCCUCCUUCUCCGUCGUCAACGGUGCCCCCAGGAGCUUCUUCGUCCUCAACGCCUCCUCAGUCAUCGCCGACUCCAACUUCCUCCCCCUCCAGCCCACCAUCCAAAUCUCCGACGCGCGCGGCAACCGCGUCUCCUCCGACUGCUACACGAGCUGCUCCACCAAGGCAAAGUGUGACCCCCUUGCUCCUCAGGACUGCCCGGUGGAGGCAAAGGUUGCUCUCUCCUCCUCCUCCUCCUCCUCCUCCUCCUCCUCCUCCUAUAUCUUUGGGGCUCAGACGCUCUCGCUCGUCACUGGCACGGCGACGUUCACCGAUCUUGCCAUCUUCGCUCUUCCUCCCUCCCAGGACGCGUGCAAGUGUCUCAACGGGCUCGCGCAGCAGUUCGAAGCUUGUCCCGCCUGCUUGGAUGUCGCGUGUUCCCUUCCCGCUCCCUUCCCCUUCUACCAGCUCAACUUCUCCUCCUCCACUGGAGACCCAACGGUUCGCAGCGCAACAUGGAACGUAACGAUGCAGCGGAAGGCGUCGAGGAUGUUCAUCAGGAAUCCACCGCCGUCAGUCGUGGCGCUCGAGCCGUUCGUGUCCCCGUUUGUCAUCGAGUUUCACGACUGCAGCGGUCAAAUCUCGACUUUGACCCGCGGACAAGUCACAGCUCGCAUCAAAGACAACGCGGGUGGGGGACGUUUGACGUCUGCCUCCGGCUUGACAGCUCAGUCGAAAGAUGGAAUCGCCGAGUUCACAGAUCUCAGCAUCGAUCUCUUUGCCAACGGCUACACCCUCGCCUUCACCUUCAACAGCAUCUUCUCGCUUCCUGACAUCGUCUCUCCGGCGUUCUCAGUCAAGAAACCCGUCAGAGCGCUGGUCAUCGCCCAACAGCCUGUGGCCGUCCAAGCCGGUCUUCCUCUCAAAGCUGCCAAGAUCAACUGCAACGAUGAGGAUGGAAAUCUCGUUGACCUCUCGCGUAUCGCCGUCGAUGCAAAGAUUGAGCUGAACCCAGCCAACCUGCAGGAGCACGACCCGGGUCAGUCGGACCUCACAGGAACGUUGCAAGAGAGAGCUAAUGGCGGGGUUGCGACUUUCAACAACCUCAUACUGAACAAGGCAUCGCUGGGUCAGAAUUUGACUCUUGUAGACUUCAAGAUUUCAUUUCAAGCUGCCGGAGCUUCAGUCUCCUCCCUUGCCUUCCAAGUGCUCCCAGGACCUUGGACCAAACUCUUCCUCCCCAAAUUCGGACAGCCCAUCGGAGGAGAAGCGGGAAAAGUUUUAGUCCGGCAGCCUAUGGUUUAUCUCGUGGAUCAGUGGAACAACCGAGUCUGCGAUGGCGCUUCUCUCGCUUGCCCAGCCAACGCGUCCGAUGGGCUGCUGGUGUUUGUGACCCUUCAGGCGCCUGCUGCCGUGCAGGAAGCGAAUUCAUCGCUUCUGCUUCAAGACAGCUGCGACCUAAUCUGCGAGGGUCUGCGACCCAUCAAAUGUAGGAGUUGUCAAUAUCACAACGCGACCGUUAAAGCUGGCAUCGCCAGCUUCACGGAUCUUCGCAUCGAUCGAGCAUGCGACGCAGCUUGCGGCGGCUUCUCCUUCACCUUUCAGGCGCAAUCAGUGGCGGCCACUAGCGACAUCUUCUUCAUACGCAACUCAGCUCCAGACUAUCCCGUCAUGUUGACUACCAUGGCAGUUGACAACCCUGCAGACCAGGCCCUCCUUGUUCAGCCUCAGGUCACAGUCAGAGAUCGUUUCGGAAACGCAGUAGCGCAAGACAUCAUACCCAACAGGACCGUCACAGCAACGCUCAUCUCUAAGACCAGCAUUCCCUCCUCUGGCACUCGCUGCGGCUUCUCCUUCACCUCCCUCGACGGCUCCUCCUCCAUCCCCGUCAACGAGCAGGGCAUCGGCGUCUUCACGGACCUGGCGAUCAGGACGGCAGGAGCUGGGUUCAAGCUGGAUUUUGCCUUCACGUCCUCCAAGGGUCUCAUCCUUGUGAGUUCUUCGGACUUCAACGUGGUUCCAGGGCAGACAGUCUCCCUCUGCUCUCUUGCCUCCCCCUCCGGCUGCUCCUCCAGAGCUGCCUGCUCCUUCUUCUCUCGUAUCGCCUGCGUCGACCAGUACGGCAACGUCAACCAGCAGUGCCAGUCGGGGGUGGGUAAGACCGCGCUUAUCGCCCCACCACAGGACAGGAUUGACUACCAGUACCUCGACUGCGGGGCAGGAAUAUGCGUCAAGCUCGUUGCUCCCUCCUCCACCUCUCUCUCCCUCGCUCGCACGUGGACGAACUUCGUCGAUUGCUCGCAGCGUCGGUGUGAAGAAGAGCCAGUAGCGGGAGUAGCUACUUUCACUCAGUUGUACUUCAAAGUGCCUUCGGCGCAGUACAAACUUCGCUUUUACAUGUACCGAGUGAACGAGUUUCUUCAGAAGGUGUCAACUUGGAGUGUUUUGACGGAACCCUUCACUAUCCUUCCUCUUCCUCCUCGGCUCACCUCAGCGUUCUUCUCGGCCUCUUUCAGCCAGCUUGUUAUCUACUUUGACAAGCCAACCAACAUGAACAACUCCCCCGGCACAGCUCUCGCCCUUCCCUGCACGAACCUACUGGACCCGAAAGUUAUCAGCCAGCUGGGCUCGAACCCGAGCUGCACCUGGUUGGACCCAUACAGCAUACAGGUGACGAUGGGGCUGGGGGCGACGAUCAGCAUGGAGACGCAGAUCUUGCUGGGGACCAGCUCGAACGUUACCUUCUCUUUCUCCUACAACGGCUCCCUCCUCACAUCUCUGCCAGCCACGACCUCCAAGACCUUCAUCAUCGACGGCAGCUCUCUUCCCACCAUCUUCCCAGCUUCUCCUCCAUCUCUUCCUUCCCCCACCCCCAUCGUCGUCAGCCCUCAGCUGCUGGGUGCUUGUGACCCGGUGCGCAUGGACGCGAGUUUGAGCUAUGGAAGGGCCAGCAGGAGCUUCACGCAGUUGGACUGGGCGCUGGACUUCAGCUCCUCGCUGCUCCAGGACGGCAUUCUGACAGCUGGGAACGUGCCCUCAUUCAGCAAACGGUCUAUUCACUUCUCCUCCCUCCUUCCCGGCGACCGCAGCACCGUCACGGUCUCGCUGCAGCCCAACAUUCCCCUCCUACCCGGCACCAACAUCACCAUCCACGGCCUCCCCGGAUAUUCGUCGCAGCCUCAAGCGUGCGGAACGCUGAGCGGAGCUGUAGAAGGUAGCGCGUGCACGUUGGGGCUGGACGCGAGUUUGACCUGCCACAACACGAGCAUCACAGGGAAGGACGCAGACCUGUUCGCCGGCGGAGGAGGAAACUUGUCGUUUGCAGAAUGGGUGGACGAGGGGCUGAGACGCGGGAACCUGGUGAUGAAGAUGGGAGAAGGAAAGUUCAUGUCAGAAGAGACGAUCUCUGUGUUUUCCUUCGAGCUCGUCCUCCCGACUCUUGACGUCUCUUCCUGGAUCACCGACGGCCAGCUUGUCUCAUCAACGUCUCCCUACCCUCUUGCCAUCUCCACAGACUCGCAGAUUGGACGGAUCGCCAUGCAAAGCGCCUCUUCCGACAUCAUCCCAGCUACUUUCCUGCUCGACCGGCGGCCACCCGACCUGGUACGAGGAAGCAUCGCUCAGUCUUCCUCCGCCAACUCUGCUCUUAACUUCAUCACCUUCUCCUUCUCGCUCUCGCUCUCCCUCGGCCCUGGGAGUCUCGUCAAGCUGAGCGGGCUGCUGGGCUCGCGCACCAAGAGCGGGAGAGUCUGCCCGGUGACUGAGACCGCGUCUUCCCAGCUCACCUGCGAGCUUUGUGCUGAACAGCUAGAGCUGGGAAAGGCAACUUUCGAUCAAGCUAAGGGCGAGCUCACAUUCCAAGUGGGAGGAGACAAAAAGUUGGAGGCCGGCGCCUCUUACGCCCUCCAGUUUCCCCUGCUCAACCCCAGCAGCAGGCAGACAGCGAACUCUACAGUCCUCGUACAGUUUGUGGCAGGUGGGGUGACCGGCUCAAAAUUCAUCGUGGCUGGAAAGGUGCUGGAGGGAGGAGAGGCACCAUCCUUCCUCUUCCUCUUCGCCUCACAGUCAAACAACUUCCUCCAUCUCCACAACCUGCUGGAGAUCAGCUUCGCUCUCAACGUUCCCCUCCUCGACGGCACCGUCCUCCUCCUGGACCUCUUGGACUCUCGCGUGAUGCUCAACGUGUCUGAGAUGCAGCAGAUGGCAGGCAACAGCAGCAGUUGCGUCCUCCUCAACUCCACAACUGGCUCCGUCCUCGAGUUUCUUGUAGCUGAGAACUGCACGAUCGUAGCUGGGCAGCGGCUAGAGGUCAAACUUCUCGUGAAGAAUGACGUUGCAACGAUGCCUUCAGCGUCGCUGUCAAUGUCUGCGAGCUCUGGAGUCUGUCGCUCCUGCUCGCUCUCCUGCGACUGCAACUCCAUCCAGCCCUUCGACUUCAAGACACAGGUGACGCCGCUGGUAGGAGCUGUGAUGAGGGAUGUACGGGAGAUCGUGUUCAACAUGGCCAAGGUGGUAGAGAACAACACGCUGAUGCUGCAGGAGAACUUUCUCACUGUCAACUUCAGCGUCAACGCACAGAUAUCAGCCGGUUCAAACAUCACCAUCAUUGGUAUCGCGGGUGCAUCCACCGAUCUUAUGUCCCCAACUUGUGAGAGCGGGACUGAGGAGUCAUGUUGGGUAGACGUUACAGUCUUUGACGAGUUUGACCGUCCCAACGUCCUUGUCAGCGGCUUCUCAGCCCGUUUCCACCCUCUUGAUGGCAACUUGACGCUCUCGCUCAACCGGACCCUUCCAACUGAUCAGACCAUCACCAUCAGAUUUGCCGUCGUCAACGGUCGUGUCAAUCAAAAUGCUCAACUUGUCGUCUUGGGCGAGCUGGUCGUUGACAUCUGCCAGGGAAAGCUCAGCUGCAGUGAGACGAUUGACAUGAUCAGCACCGUCGAAGUUUCUCGCGAAGUUGACGGGCAGGUCUUGCGGAUGCAGGGAGCAGCUCAGAUCUCCUCCUUCUCCCUCCACCAGUCCUCCUUCGCCUUCAGCGCUCCCAACAUCAUCACUGUCACGCUCUCCACCAACUUCGCGCUCGUGGGGGGUCAAACGGUCCUGACAGUCUCCGGGUUCGGGCAGAUGACGUCACCGUCCUCGGCCCCAUGCGAGAUCGUCAACGAUACCAAGAAGCUGACGGAGCAGACUGGGAAGAUCCUAGUAGCCAACGAGCUUCCAAGCCCCUCCAUAUUCUUCUCCUCGUCUUCCUCCUCCGAGUGCAAGUGGGAGCAGUCCCAGCUGACUCUCAACUUCACCGUCCCCGAGGACUUCCUUGCAGGUUGGAAUCUUGUCUUCCAUUUCCUCCUCUUCAACUCUGGGACCUCUCGCAGCCCGUCCACCCCCCAGCUCUCGCUGACCAGCGGCGACAUCACCAUCUCCUCGUUCGCCGCCGCCUCUCAAUUUCUCGGAGGGUACGACAACCCCAAGUUCCUCAACGCGUCGGUGGAUGCACUCGAGCUCAUCUACGGCGGAUUUUCUCUGCUCUCCAUCUCCUUCGACACCAACAUCCUCCUUCUCUCCGACCCAACCCCGGCUCGCGUCACCAUUGCUGGUCUUGCGGGCUUCUCCUCCUCCUCCUCCUCCCUCGCUCUCUCCGGCUCAAGCCCUUUCUUGUCAUCUUACACGGGCGCGGCGGAGUGGGACGAGCAGCAGAAGGAGGUAGUGCUCAAGGGAGGGACGGUGGGGACGAGCGUCUCUUUCCAGCUGUACCUGCGGCUGCAGAGCUACCAGGUAGCGGGAGCGAACGCGUGGGACAGCAUCAGCAUCGUUGCCUCGUGCAACUACGCGACUCUCCCCUCCUUUCCCGUCAAGUUCGUGCGACCCAAGACCUUUGUAGCUCAGGCCCAGCUGGUGAGGGCAGCGGUGGCGGAGGCGAAUCAGAUUCAAGGGCUGACCAACAGGAUCACGUUGCGACUGACUUCUAACGUCGCUGUCUAUCCUCUCUCUCAGAUUGUAGUCUCUGGUCUCCUUGGCUCCUCCUCCCCCUCUAACCAGCAGCUCCCGCUGUACGGGGAGGAUGCAAAGGUGUUCGGAAACGCAGGGAGCUGGGAACAAGGAGGAGGAACGUUGACCUUGACUGUAUCUGCGGGGGUGACGGUUGAAAGCAACUUUGAGCUUGUCGUCUCCUUCGAUCUUGUCAAUUCCAUGCAGCCCAGCGCUGGCUCUGCUCCUACCGCUCAGCUUCUCCUCCGCUCCCCUCCUGAAUCCCUCGACACUCAGGUAAUCUCAACAACUUCCGUCCUGUGUGAGGGGCCGAAGAUCUUGACCGCGUCAAUCUCGGCGACGUUUGCGAGGAAGGAGGUAGCGGAGAGCAACGCAGUCAACAACGCCUUCAACACCAUCACAGUCACCAUGAUGCUCAACAGACCGGCUGCGACCAACUCGAUCUUUCAGUUCGACGGCCUAGCGAGUCAAACGGCGUCAGGGAACCUUGUGCUGACAGGCAAGAGCGGGGGACUGUUCGGAGGGACAGGAGUGUGGAGCAGGGAGGGGUCGUCGAUGAACGUGACCCUCACGUCUGACAUCUCUGAAUUCCUUCUCAUCGUGUUCUCCUUCUCCAUGAAGAACGUCGACUGCCUGUCAAACUGCACCAGCCGUUCGAUCUUCCUGUCGCUGAUAGUGGACGGAAUGAGAAUCAUCGACAGAAGCGAGGUCGUUGGCAAGGUGUUGGGGGCAGGCAGGAAGCUUUCAUGGAGAAACAAGCUGAUAUCUCAGACCUCGUCGGUCGCCAACAACUACAACAAGUUAUCUUUCACUCUCUCUCCUUCGGCUCCCAUCUUCGGCGGGUCCUCCAUCACCAUCACUGGGCUGCAAUCUGUUCAAGUUCGCCCCUGCAGCCUCUGCUCUCUGACCGACCAGGAGCUCAUCGCUGGCCUCGGCUGCUCCCCAGCUUGCAAAAAUUGCAGCCUGACGGACAAGAAGCGCUGCCUGCCGAUCUUCUUGGAGGACGGCAUUACACCCAACGUCAAGUUCGUCGACGCUCUUGCCACCUGGUCCCCCGACUUCUCGAGCGUCUCCUUCACGCUCGCGGCGGGGAGCUCCAUGACGGAGUUUGACGAUACGACCCUCUACGUCGUCGUCAAGAACUCUGCGACAAAGCAGACGCGCGCCGAGUGCUCGUCGAUGACAUGGCGAGAGGAUGCGAGGACGGGCCGGUGUUUGACCGCUCUGACUGGGCAUGCGACACUAUGCGAUAACGGCAACACCCUGACCGCCUGCUCCUCUCCCGCUCCCAUCGCCACCAUCCUUGCGGACGAGGCCCUCAACCGAACCCUCCUGCCCGGGUCCAUCGACCCCUGCGAGAUCUGCAUCCGCCCUCUUCUUCUUGCAGCGGUCAAUAACGCCUUGUCAUUGAAGAAGACAUUGAAAAUCGACGGUCUUGUCUUGACGGGCAACUAUACCUUCUCACUGACCCUCGUCAACUGGCUAAGGUUGCAGACGGUGGGAUCAGUAGCGAUACAGAAGAUUGACGAUUUCAUUCCUCUCCUCUACGUCGUCAACAUGCCAAGCAUCGUUACCACCAGAGACAAGUCUCUUGAGCUUGAAGCCAACGCCUCUGCCUCCUCCUGUUUGACUGCCUCCUCCUCCUCUUCCUCCUCCCUUGCUUCCUCCAUGCAGUACAUGUGGCGGGUGAUGUGCCUUCGAGGAAGCUGCAUGCAGGACAUGAUUUUGACUCAGAGUAUCUUUCAGCCGAUGACGUCAGCGACGAGAUUCCUGCGCGUCAAGGCCAACAGUCUGAGCGUCGGCGGGACGUACCGGUUCACGUCAACAGCCACAUUCAACGGAAAGUCAUCGAACGCGUCAGUUGAUGUUUUCGUCACUCCUCGCAAUUUGGUUCCCUUCAUCUCUGGCAUCAGUUCGGAUGGUGUCGUCGGCAACGCGAGUGCGAUCGCCAUCAGCGGCAUCAACACUUGGGACCCUGACGAGGCGACGACGAAGUUGACAGCAGGAGGAGGAGGCUUCGUUUUCUCGUGGAGCCUCUUUCAAGUUGACAUCUCUCCUGAGUUUGUCAACGGCGACUGGAAGCAGCCGGUGGAAAUCUUGACCGACAGAUCUUCUGCCUUAUCGGUCAGUUCCGACAAAGUCUCGGCAAGCAUAGCAGGAUCAGCUUUGCAGGCAGGCAGGCGCUACAGAGUCGCCAUGACUGUCACGCGCGACAGCUCGCGAUUGACGUCAAACUUGCCAUCGCUUCUCAGCUCUGACAUUCUCCACCUCUUUACCACCAAGGCAAACACGACAAAGGACUUCACGUAUCAGAUUGGAAGCUACGUCAACGUUGACAUUUUCCCGUGCGAGACUGACAAGCCUUUCUCAACGCAACUCUGCUCGGCGAGAACCCAGAAGUUUUUGCUGGCCUCGAGCAAGACCGUUCUCUUUGCCUCCAACAACGCGGCCGACGCAUCCAAGCUGAACUUCGAGUGGAGCAUCGAGAGUUCAGCCGACAGCCAGCUGGUCAGUCAGCCACACGUGUCUCGAACUUUCUCUGAGCGUUGGGUGCAGGCAAACUUGUCACAGGUGUCGCUUAAAGUCUUGUCGGGUCAAAUUCUCUCAAUCCAGCCCGGCGUCUUUGUCCCCGGCAGGACCGUCAAGUUCAGAGUCUCUAUCUUUGACUCGUCCUCCUCCUCCCUACGCGGCGCUGCCGUCCUGUCGCUCUUCGUCCGCAGCCCUCCCAGGGGGGGGAACUUCAGCAUCGAGCCCAGCAACGGCGAGGCUCUGACUACUACUUUCUCCUUCCUCGCUGACGGCUGGACGACCGAAGUCGAUAGCCUGCCUCUCACCUACUCGUUCUACUUUCUCUCGCAGGUGGAGGGGGCGAGCAUGGAGGUCGAGGUGGGAAAAGGAGAGCAGUACGUGCAGACUUCAAUCCUCCCUAGCGGAAGCGCGGCCAGCAACUGGCAGGUCACGGUCGGGGUGUACAUCUAUGAUGUCUACCUGGCGUUCAGCUCGGCAAAGACAACCGUAAAAGUGACAGAAGCGAUCGCUGUCAAGUCCGUGCUCGACCUGACUGCCCUCAUCUCCUCGGUCGACAGCCUCCUCGAGUCUGAGGUAUCCAGCAAGAUAGCAGACAAGGACAUCGCAGGAGCCCAGUCGAUGCUUGCAGUCGCUGCCAACGUCAUUUCAUCGCAGACAUUCUGUAAGGGCGUCCAGGCGGCUGCUGCUGAAUGCGCCGGCGCCAUCGCGUCAAAGUCAUCUCUGCGCUUUCGAAUCCUCCUGAAACUGUCGGAAGCGAACUUGACGCAGCCCCCGACCCUCGCGACUCUCGCAAGUCAGUCAGUCGCUUUCUCGCUGAUCUGCAGCGACCCGGUCGAGAUCGACACGAACCUGCAGCGGUACAGCAUCUCCUUUCUCAACCUCGCCAUCGGAUGCUACCAGACUUACCCCCAGAUGAUCCUUGGACCGGUCUCUGACCGACUGGUGGGCACCAUAAACGUGGUCCUGCGCACGUACUCCUCCAGCGGUUUGACAUCGCGAGGGACCUGGAAGAGCAACACGAUGGCAGCGAGAGGUCAGCUGAGAGCACUCACGAGCGAUCAGAACUAUCAGAAGAUGGCGCUGAACAUCCUCUCGUCCAUCUCGUCGCUGGCAGCGAGAGGUCUUCUGGUUGGCGAGCCUCCUCUCCAGAUGAACAUGUCGGAGUUCACCUUGUCAACUUGGGCUGUCAACAAAAACUCACUCAACGACUUCGAAGUCUCCAACGGCCUCACGUCAGCUGCUGUUUACGCCAGUCAGAUCCGAAGCUUGGUGCCAGACGUCGUAGAGGUUAUGGUCGUCUUCUGGAACCAGACGGCGAAGCUCCUGCAGGUGGGUCUUGACGGCUCUUCAUCAGUCGAGCCUAUCUUGGGGGGGAUGUUCACCCUCGAGCUGCGAGCAUCAGGAGCGAUCGAUCCUCUCCCGAUCUCCGACGCAACGCACGAGCUGCUUCGACUCUCGCAGGACCUCAAGCAAGUCUACCAAGCCAACCCUGCCAUGACAGUCGUCGGCGCAUCAUUUGACUUUGACAAGUGGAAGUGGAGCAUGUCAGGCAUCGUCGAGCGAAGUUUCCAGAGCUCGACGUUUGUGUUUGCCAGCAGCCAUCUCUCCUACUUCGCUGCACUUCAUGUCAAAGUUGGUUGCGACGGCGUUCCUCUCAGCCCGUUGGCGUUGGACGCCUGCGGAGUUUGCAACGGAGGAAACCAGUCUUGCUCGGGUUGCGAUGGGAUCCCGAACACAGGCCGAGACAAGACCUGCAGUGGACACGGGCAGUGCGGCGAGCUGACAAGAUGGUUUGGAGUUCUAUGCCAGAACUACUGCACUGAAGGCCUCACCUGCUCUGGCCAUGGCAUCUGUGACUCGCUCCUCGGCAAUCCCUGCGUGUGCGACAAGGGAUGGCAGAGCGACGCGACGAGCGCGACCUCGUUGCGCUACUGCAGCAUCCCGGUGACCCAAUCGCGGCCGGGCAGCUCGAGCAGUCUGCCGAUGAAGCUGUGGGAGAUGGUAGUCAUCAUCGUGUGCUGUGCCUUUGUUGUGUUCGUGACCUGCCUGGUUGUCAUCGUCCGCUUGUGCAAGUCAAGCAUGAGCAUGGAGAAAAUGCGCGACUCCCUCGUCGUUGUCAACGAUCCCUUUGACCUCCCUGUCGAUCAGCCCCAGCUCUCGCCAAGCGAGGUCAAAGACUCGCUCGUCGACAUGCGGAACAUGUUUGCCGAGGAGCCGCCGGCCUAUCACGCUGAUCUUGUCUAUGGCACGCUGGUUCCCGCCAAACCGGAGCCUGUGGUGGUGUACGAAGAGGAGGAGGAGGAGGAGGACAUGAACGGGGGGGGCGAGUACAACGAAGCGAGUCAGCUGGUCAUGUGGCACCAGGACGACAGUCAAAGUUCCUCAGUCAACUCAACCGACGAUGCCUUUGAUAAGGACUUCUUCAACGUUGGCACGUUCUUCUCCAAGAUUUACUCCACAAACGGCACUUGA